AUGAUUUUCAGGCUAGGCUCAUUUUACUGUCAAUUCAACAACAUGAUGGGAAUAACGCCAAUAUGUGCUAGUGUAUUUACUAUGAUAGUGAUGAGCAUUGAUAGGUACUGGGCCAUUGUGCAUCCAAUGCGAAGGCGUCCGGGAAAACAUGCUACGGUGGCUGUUAUAUGCCUGAUAUGGAUACUUGCCAUAAUUUGUGGUAUACCAGCUUUUCUUGCGUCCAAGCUGGAGCUAAACUACUUCUAUGAUGGAGAAACCCUAUUCGCAGAUACGCUAUGUUUAUCUGAUAAUUAUCCAGAUGGUAAUUCACAAACUUCAACGUUCGGUGCCUUAUAUAAUAAUGGCCUUAUCGCAGUGCAAUACUUGCUACCACUAAUGGUACUUACAUGUGCAUACUAUCGUGUCGGAGUAGUUUUACGAAGGGAUCAAGCCGUCGGCGACUCGCGGCAUGCGAAAUCUAUAGCGGCGAAAAGAAAGGCAAGUUUUCGUUGGGUAUUUGCUUGAUA